AUGUUUAUUUUGGAAGAAAAGGAAAAAAUAGUGGUUUUUUGGAGCGAGUGUGAAUUUUGGACAAGAAAUCCUAAUCCUUCAUAUGAUAAGGAAACAUUAUUUAUGCUUUAUGAUAAAGGAUUCCUUUCUCCUACUCCAUCUCCAACUGAUGUCAAUUGGUACAAAUUGUUUAAAAAUUGGUCUCUUCAAAGCAGCAAUAUUAUUGAGAUUCGAUCAGAACUUUCCUGUAUAUAUCCUUCUGAUUAUAUUUUUAAUGACAGGGAGUAUCGUGCUUGGCGUUCAUUAAUAAAAGCUGCAGGUGGCACAAAUAUAACACCAUUUAAUAAAAAGGAAUCACUGUGUGAAUUUUGGACAAGAAAUCCUAAUCCUUCAUAUGAUAAGGAAACAUUAUUUAUGCUUUAUGAUAAAGGAUUCCUUUCUCCUACUCCAUCUCCAAGUGAACCAAUAUGUGACCUAGAAACAUGUAACAAUGCUCAACGGUUUGCUAAAAGUAUUUCUGAUGCCAUAGAUGCAAACAAAAAAGGAUUAGAAGGAAAACGUAGAAUACUAUCAAUUGUGGCAGAUAAUUUUACUUUAGAAGAACUUAGGAAAUCAAAUGUAAAUUUUUGA